GCGACCUGAACUACCGACCAGAGAGCGGCUGCCACACCGCUGCUGCCACAGAAGCUCCCACGGCAUGGCUCGCCUGCGCAGCGCCGAGCCGCUCCUCCGGCCACUGCUGCUGCUGAUCAUGCUCCUGCGGCCGAUCGCCCAGGCAGAGGCAGCGGCGCGGAAGGACUCCGGAGCUGACCCCAGUACACGAGGCCCCGGAGUUUCCUCCCUGAAGGCCGCUCCAGGACUGCAGCCUGCCGAGAACCCGGAAGGAAAGUCUCUCCAUUCCGAACUCAUCACAUCGCUCAACCAUAAGGAUCGUGGUGACGCCAAUUCGACAGCGUUAUUUACGUUCCGAGCUCCAGAGGGUCCCAACGCCGACCCUCCGCCAAACCGAGAUCCAACCGCAUCAUCACCUGAGUCCCGAAGCCCGAGCCAGAUUCUCGAUGCCGAGUCUAAAGGCCCGGCGCUCCGAAACCCGGCUGAGGCCCUCGUGCGAACUACUGUCGAGGUAAUGACUUCGAGUAGCGCCAGUCCACAAGAAGCGAACCAGAAAGAGACCGACGUGGAGCAUCCGGAAGGAGUGUUCGGAGAGCCGGCGACUACAACCACGGAAGCUCCUCCCGAGGGUGGCUUUGACCUGGAGUCGAACCUGCGCGCUGUCAUCGAGCGUAUCUUCAAGGAGGCUCUGCCGCUCGUAUACCGCUUCUCCACUGGCGCCGGCUCCUCUCCAGAUUGCAUGGGCGCACUAUUCAAGUGGGUUCUGGCCAUCCGAAGGCUUGAACCAUGGGCUCUCAGAAUGGUGGACGCAAUGGGUCGACCUCCGGCGGGUAUCUUCGAAGGCACCAUCACGGACUUCGGUUCGUUCGACCAGUGUCUCGAGGUGCGCGCCCAGGAUUCGUGGGGCGAUGAGUCGUUCCGCGGCCAGUACUGCUCGUUGUUCCUCAAACCCAACAUCGACACCAGCCGGCCCAUCAGCUUCCUCAGGAACAGCCGCAGGCUCGCUCACACGCAGAACCUGAGCCGUAUCAUGAAGUCCAUCUGGUUUCCGGGAUUUCGGCUAGGUAUCUGCGUACCAUCAGCCUGUUCCAGGAACGACAUCGAUGUGCUCAUCAAGUCUGCUUUCAAGAACUACGGUGUGAACGCAUCAGUACCUCUUUGCGACGUGCAGAGGGACAUCCAACUGGAUAAAUUGCAGCAAGCGUCACUGAUCUGCUUGUGCGUGGUGCUGAGCAUGGUGGGUCUGGGAACCCUGGUGGACGUUUUCCUCAGGAGCCGUGAAGAGAAGGACCGUAAGCCCCAUGCGGUACUGGGCGCUCUAACCUCUUGGUCCGCGUACAGCAACACGCUGCGGUUGUUCGACGUCUCCGAUGACGGGUCGCGGCUGCGAGCGCUUCAUGGCGUGCGCUUUCUCACUAUGCUGUGGAUCAUCCUGGGCUACUGCUACGCACUGACUCCCAUUCCCAACCGCAGAAGAAUCUUCAACAUGUUUGAUUUUGUCAAACACACGCCGUUCAUGUUCAUCGCCAAUGCCUACCCAGCUGCCGACACCUUCUUCUGCCUAAGUGGAUUCCUGUUUGGCUACAGCGUUUUCAAGCAGCGCCGAAACCUUAGCAAGUGGCUUCCAAUCCUGUUGAUCAGGAGAUACGUGCGGGUCAUCAUACCAUGCUUCUGCCUGCUGCUGGUCUUCUCGCUUCUGGGCCUGGUGUCGUCGGGACCCAUCUGGCGUGACAACUACGCCCUGCUGCGCGGCAACUGCGAGGCCCGCUGGUGGAAGAUACCGGCCCUCGUCAACAACUGGGAGUACAGCCUCGACUCUUGCCUUCCCCACUUGUGGUUCUACGCGGCUGACCUGCAGCUGCUAGUGGGCUUCACUCCAGCGGUCAUCCUACUUGUCAGGUGGCCCAAGGCCGGAUUGGCGCUAACACUGAGCAUGGUAUUGGCGUGCACCGUGUACAUCGCCCUGCAGACUCUAUACAGCGACCUCUAUCCCGUUACAAUAUACUUCGCGGAAGACGUCAUGAAGUCUCGACGCACGCACACGGAAGUGUUCAAGCGGCCCUUCUCGCACGCGGGCGCCUUCUCGCUGGGCCUGCUGCUGGCCUACCUGCUGCGCUCCUCCGGGCGUCUCGGCCGGGAAGCCAAGAGAUCCCCGUGGUGGAACGGCGGGGCGUGGCGCGCCGCCGGCUGGGCUGCGGCCUCGGGCUGCGGCUUCGCCGUCCUCCUGGGGGUCGAGCAGUGGCACAAGGGCCUGCUGCCUGGACCGGCGGUGGCGGCCCUCUACGCGUCUCUGCACAAGACAGCCUGGGGACUGCUCGUCGCCUGGGUCGCCUACGUCGUGUGCACCGACCGAAAGGGCAUUCCCGCUCGGUUUCUGUCGUGGGGUCCGUUCGUGGCACUGAGCCGGCUGUCAUUCAGCGCCUACCUGCUGCACAUCCUGGUGUUGUUCGUGCGUUUUGGAAGCAUCCGGGAACGCCUGUACAGCAGCCACUUCAUACAGCAAGAGCGGCGCCCUCGUGUGCAUCUGCGCCACUGCAAUUACAUGCGCGACCACGCUGGAUGCAAUGGCACUCCGAGGAGCGUGCUUCGCUGA